AUGUCUUUGGAUUGGAAAUCUAAUCCACCUUAUUCUAAUGCAAAACAAGAUGAUAAAUUAAUAAAAUAUCAUGCAUCAUGCUACUGUGGUUUAGUUCAAUAUGUUAUUUAUGAUGAAUUACAAGUCGAUUCAACCUAUUGUCAUUGUCAUGGAUGUCAGAAAUUACAGGGUGCACCAUAUCAAUGGGCUUGUAUAUUUCCAAAAACAUGUUUAUUUUUUCAAUCAGGUUUAGAUUCAUUAAAAUUUUAUAAUAGUGGUGAAAAUAUUCAAAGUCAUAUUUUACCAUGUAAAGUCAGUUGUAAACAAUGUUCGUCACCAUUGGCUGAUGAAGGACGUAGAAUGUGGUUGGCAUUUCCACAAACAUUUACAGAAUUUCGUUUAUCCGAAACAGUUCGAGAAAAAUUAAAACCAUCCUGUCAUAUAUUCUAUGGACAAAGAACAAUUUUGGGUGAUUCUUUCAAAAACGAUGGUCUACCAAAAUUUGAAGGACAUAAAAAUAAAUCAAAACUAAUUUCAGAUGAAUAA